CCAUUCCUAACUGUUUGUGUUUGCAUAUUUCUGUGUAGUGUAGGGAUAUUUUGUUUCAUACGUUUAGUUAUUCACAUAUUUCAACAAAAUACAGAAAAUGAGUUUCGAUGAUAUAUAUGACAAAUAUCGGGCGGCACUAAUAAAAGCAGUUCAUGAAAAUCACUUACUAUGGGAUAAGAAAAAUAAGUUCAAUAAUCAAAAGGCGUUGAAACAACAAGUCUGGAAGGAAUUGGCAGAAAAGUUCGGGAAAGCAAAUGAUGUUCAGAAGAAUUGGGCAAACUUGCUACACCAAUACCGUUACAAUUUGAAGCGCGAAAUUAUAUAUGGCAUAAAGCCGCAAUGGAAAUUUUACAAUGACAUGUCUUUUCUACGAGAAAGUAAUAUUGUUAAAAACAACAACAAAGCGUCUUCGGAUUCAGAAUCGGAUGUGGAAACUAAAACGUAUUUGAAGCAAAAACAAAAACAAGAUUUUUUGAAAAAUUUACAGACCGCAGUCUCUAAUAGCGACAAAGAUUUUCAAAAAAUUGACGUGGACGAGGUCCAAUUAUGUAACGCAGCUGAGCAAGAAGAGGCCGAUUCUUGCAGUAUUGAAGAAUGGAUUAAAACUGAAAUAGAUUUAGAAGAAGAGAUGGAGGCAAAAAAUGUUACAUUUGACAAUGAUACAAGG